GGCCAUGUCGAUGGUUUGCCCACAGCCAUCGAAGUUAGCUCCUGUCAUAACUCUUAUUCCCCUGUUUGUCCUCUUUUUUUCUGGCGUCCCCGUCCACGCCCUCAAUGUCGGUGUUCAGGCCUCAAACGCCGCGGUCUCCGUCACCAAAGACUGCAGCAGAAAAUGCGAAUCCGAGUUCUGCUCAGUGCCUCCAUUUCUGAGAUACGGUAAGUAUUGCGGGAUUCUGUACAGUGGAUGUCCCGGGGAGAAACCCUGUGACGGCCUUGACGCUUGCUGCAUGAAGCACGACGCCUGCGUUCAAGCCAAAAACAAUGACUAUUUGAGCCAGGAGUGCAGCCAAAACUUACUGAACUGCAUGGCCAACUUCAAGAACUCGGGCGGGAAAAUGUUUAAAGGAAGCAGUUGCCCAGUCGAGGAUGUCGUUAACGUCCUCUCUGUUGUCAUGGAAGCCGCUUUGCUUGCUGGGAGAUACCUCCACAAGCCCUGAAUCUCUGUCCAUGAUAUCGACUCGGAUCCUUUCACUCAGUUUGUGAUCAUCCCUUUCUUCUUUGAUUUUUUUUCCUUCCUGCUGUUUGUCUUUGUGUGUGU